AUGGACUUGGGCCUCGGCGGCGCGGGUAGGACCGGGGGCGGAGGCGGAGGAGGAGGGGCCGGAGCGGGAGCGGGGGCGGUCGGGACAGCCCGUUCGCUCUCGGUAGGGGCGGCGCGUCGGCGGCGGCGUGGACCCGGCUCGUCAGCUCCGGCGUGGAGGACGAGCUGGUGGCCGCGUCGGGAGGAGGAGGCGGAGGACUCGCGGGGGCGAGAGCGGGAGGGCUGCCGCAGGGCCACUUUUUGGAGGCCUGCUUCCUCUGCCGGAAGCCCCUCGCCAGCAACCGCGACAUCUUCAUGUACAGGUUCGCCACUCUGCCACCUCCAUGGCUACCGCUACCUGGCCUUGUUGUGCCGCUCGUUUUGCUUUGCGCUUGUUGGGGGGAAUGGUUUUGGAAUUUUCUGCAGCGGGUCCCGUGGUAUGGACGUUUCCGACGUCUUUGGAAGGUAUCUUUUGCGCGUGAAUCAAUUAAAUUCUUGGGACCCGAAAUUGGUGCGCUUAUUAUUUAUGACCAUGCCAGGUGACAUCCCCUUCUGUACCGAGGAGUGCAGGAGGGAGCAGAUCGAAAUGGACGAGGAGAUGGAGCGGAAGGAGAGCACCCCGAAGAAGGUGGCGCCGAGAGCUGCAUCCCCCAAGGACGUGGAGUCCCCGCCGAGGCCUCCCAAGGCCAGGGCCGGGUCAAUCCUUGCCGGCUAA